UCGCCCCUGUGUACAAAGGAGUUCUGUCCGUGUCGGAGUGUAGCUCUGUUGUUGUGAUGGCAAACAUCUUGUCUGCCGUUGCAAGGUUUUUGAUACUUUUGUGUCGUGUUACGCCACAAUGGUUGGGUGCCUCGAGCAAUAACCUCAACACUCUCCCGGUGCUUGGGGUCGACCCCCCUAGACCCCUCCCCGCCGCCGCAUACGACCUCCAGACCGCGCUCGAGUCGGUGCAGCACUUCGCCACGCAGACGUUAGCGGGAGUGGUCCAAGCAGCAGCGGUAAGAGGCUCGGACCUCUACGACAACGACUACGACUCGCUCUCGGGUGCUAGGUCACCCCGUCACCUGGCGGGCGGUGGCAGGGCGGGUAAAGGCUCUGGUGCGAAGGAAGCCAGGGACGGGGGGGUGGCGGCGGGUCUGGUGGAGGGGUGGGAGGCGGCUUGGCCUCCGCGGGAGUUGACGGCGGCGCUCGGGCUGGUGACGGCGAGGCAGAUGGCCCACGCCAUGCGCUGCGACGCGGAGCCCUUGAUUCAGAUCUGGAUGCGCUGCUUUACCCCCGUCGACGCGAAACACCGGACCAAGCUCUGGGGCGGGCUCGCCCCUGCUCCCUCCGUCAACGACCCGUUCCUCGAGGCGGGGAGGUGGCACCGGCAGCUCGUUUGCGGCCUCCUCACUCUCUACGCUCAGGUGCACAUGAGCUGGCCCUUCCUCGCACGGCCGAAAGACGACCCCGAUGCUGUAGGCCUCCGGUCCCUCCGACUAGAAACUACCUGGUUCGGAACUCAAGAGGAUGUCGGCGCCGGGGGCGCCGGCGGCGCCGGUGGCGGUGGUAUAGCCGUGCCCGGCAACGCUGCUGCGGAAGAAGAGUCUCCGAUCGGAGCGGGAUCGCCGGCGGGUAGCGUUGGAGACUGGGACGAGGCGGGUGGAGGCGCUGGCGGCAGAGGGCCGUUGCAGUGGGACGAGGAGAAGGCCGUUGGGUUUAUCCAGGAUUACGGUGCUUACCUCGAAGCUGAUGCGGUGGCAGCGGCCGCGUCCUGCCGGGAGAUGGAAUGGGCGUUGGAUGAGGUGCUCCGCCUGGCUGAGCAGUGCGAAGACUACAAGUCCAAAGAGAGGGUUCUGCACCAGCUCCUCCGGGGUCCGCGCACGCCAAGCGUGACUACCGUCUCGGGGAGGAGCUCCCCCAGGGUGUGGCACCAACGCGCCGGCAUGUUGGGCACCACACCGGCGCGCAGCCCAGCCAACAGCAUCAGCACCACGGGGACUCGAACCCCGGGCAACUGGACGCCGACCAUCAUGAGCCCCAGCCGCGCGGGCUUCCCAUCGUACCAGCUGCCGAUCGAGGCGAUGUCCGCUGCCGGUGGUGCUGGUGGUAGCGGGUGGAAGGACGGAGACGGGUUCGGUGGCACCUUAGAUGCGGCGCUAUCGUCCGGUCCGAUGGAAGAGGAUGCGGUUCGCAAGGCGCUGGGGCUGCUAGUGCCUCCCGCGGACCCCGCCGGUAACGUCGUCGAAGACGAAAACCACCGCCGCCACGCCAACGAGGAGCACGGACAAGGCGUUGGGUUCUCGGGGCACGAGGCUGGCGGGAGCGGGCGGUUGUUGGGCCAGACGACGAGCCAGGCUCCGGGCGGGGCACCGCUGUGUCUGCUCCUGAACAACCUGGGGGAGCUGUUCCGGUGGGACGUGGCGGCGGCGGCGGAGAUGUGUGCGGACGCGUUUCCCGGCGUGCGGCCCUGGAAUGUCCACCAUGCCUUGCAUCGAGACCAAGACAAGCCCUGGACUACCUCCGAGCCUGUAACCCCGGUUGAGGGGGGCAGCGCUAGAUACCAAACCCACGCCCCGCCCGCAGGGGCAGGGGUAGCACGGGGUGACGGUGACGGCGGCACUCGGACUGACGCCGCCUUCCACGCUUACCUGUGGGCAGUCCUAAGGAAGCACCCCGGGGAGUGCCGAGGAGACUGGAAAGUGAUCCAGAGAUGCUUGCAGCUAUCUCUCCGGCUGUCCACAAAGCUACGCUCCCUGCCCUCCGAUCACCCUCUACACAACUUCUGUAAGGUGGCCACCCGAAACCUUAAGCGCCGCCAACGCGCCGAUGACCCAGCAACUCGCGAAGCCGGAGUCCGACACCCGGAGGGGGGGUUCUCAACAGAUGGGAGAGGACAGUUUCACAACAGCCGCAGGUGGCGAGCUGGUGGAGGCAGCGGCGGCGGUAGCGGCAUGCGUACGCCAACCGGAGACCUCCGGUUGGGGGUGGAAGAUAGCGGCGAAACUGAUGACGGUUCGGCGUGGCGGCGCUACUCGGACGUCGUCGAGGAGGUGGUGUCACAGUGGUGCAAACACGGGGACGCGUUCGGCCUGGAUCCGUUGUGGCUUUUGCCGAAGCUGAGAGCGCACAAGAAUUGGCCUGUCGCCUUCCGGAUCUGCGGCGCCAUUACUUGCUCUUGGGAAGAACAAGAAGAAGAAGGACACCAAAUGAACACCGGGGUGAUAUCCCACUGCUACGCCACCGCUGCCGCCGACGGCCUCGAAGAAGGGCACGACUACGGCAGCCUCGGUUCCACCCUACCGGUCUUCGACACCCUUGCGGACGCGUGUUUCGCGACCUUCAACGACGGGGACACGGAGACCUUGGCCGCCGCCCUCGGCGCCACUUGGGCCGCUGACGGGGCCCUCCGCAGAGUUUCCCUUCGAGCGAGGCCGCCGUCGCUUCGAGGGGAUGAUGGCGGGAGGUUAUCCCCUCGUCAACAGGCUGUAGCCUCUUCUCUUUCUGGCGGGAAGAUUCAAGCUUCGGGCCAGACUGGUGCCUACAGCAACGUGACCGCCGCCGCCGGCGGCGGCCCAGAGCUGGGGCACCAAUCCCUAACCGGAAUGCAAGGCAGCAGCAGCGCCGGCGUCGGUGCUUCCGCAGAAGAAGAGAGCCACGAGUCGAGUGGCGGCGGCGGGUGGGUGGAAGAGUCGAGGAUGGUGGACGUCGUUCGAGGCCUGGCGCGGCGGUGCAGCGGGCAGCCGGUCGGAGCGGACGACGCGGGGGGGUCCAACAACGAUGGGGGCGACGCGGAUGGGCGGGGAGACGCGAAUCUGGGGUGCUCGAGCACGGGGGGGGUCGAUGCAUCGAUGACAUCCGAGGACCCCGAAGGCGGCAGCGGCGGCGGCAGCGGCGGCGACGGCGGCGGCACGACCGGGCCGCUGGGCCCCCUGUCGUUGCUCGAGCUGGCAGAGGCCGUGCUGGAUGCCGUGGGCCCCGAGGCGACCGGAGACGUGCUCGCGGCGUGCCCGCACCUGCUGGAAGGCAUACCCCCCAAGGCAGCCCUAAGCCAGCAGCGAGCCUUGGAGGCUGCGCUGUUGCACCAGGCGACCGCCGCCAUCUGGGCUUCUCGUGGCAGGAGGAGAACAACGGCCACGGGGGCUGGCAACAAGGGAGGCAGCAGCGAUGCGAGCCCGCUCGGCCCAAGGCUAGCGUGGCUGGCCUGCGAGGAGCUCACGUCCUUCUUCCAGGACAACGCCAACAGCGCGAGUGCUAGCCCUAACGCCCGCCUUCUUGGCGGCGAACCGGGAUCGGCGGGCCCUUCUUGUGCGGAAUCCCCGCCUGGACUACAGCACCAUCACCGCGCGACCACGGAUGUGUUUGCCGCCGGCGUCGGCGGCGAUAACCUAUCGCGCGUUUUUAGCGGUUUCGGCGGGAACGACGACGGGUUAUUCCGGUCGCUGCGACGGAAGGAACCGGGGAGCGUCAGCCAGGGUUUGGUGGCGACGAUGGGUGUUAACCUCGACCUUAACCUCGUGCUGCCAGGAAACGCGCACCGCGGCGCCGCCUUCAACCCGGCCUCUCCGUGCGGGUUCUGCGGCCUCGCUCUCUCCGGGGGGGCCGUGGCUUGCGAUGGCGGUGGUGAAGGAGAGGGCAAGCUCGUCUUGUGUGCAUGCGGCCGCGGCAUCCACUCGAGAUGCCUGGCGGCGGCGGGGUGGGAUAGCGGCCGGUGGUACGAGGCGGGGUCGAUGUUGGUGUUGCCGUGUCCACAGUGCGCGUAGAGGUUUAGAGAUACUGAGUUGGAACGUGUGUGUUUAUGUAACCCCAACACUUUUAUUUCGUUGCAUUGUAGGUAUUUUAUGCUGGAGGCCUACAUGGUACCGGUAACAGAAUCAAGUUGGUCCGAGGCAGGACGUCGCUACUACUCGCCCAUCAGUUUUUCGUGAGCUGUGUUGUUUUCCUGGUAGUAGCCGUUUGGAAGGAGAGGGUCCGCAGUUGACGUUGCGACUGCCCUUUCUUGUCCCUCGUUGGCUUGCGUUUUCGUGGCGAAUGCUCGUGUGGUGCAGUCAAAGACUUGUUUUUCGUGCCUGUUCCUCUGUGUCGUGCAGCCAAGCAUCUCAGCCAAGGGUAUUCACCAAGUACCCUUUACGUGGUCGUGUACCAAUAUGUUUCGUUUCAUGAGGUUGUCCUGUUGUUCGAGGACAGAUGGCCCUAGUGUUGGUGAUGUGAUGUGCGCCUUUUUCCGUGGUGUGUGAUUGUCUCUUCCAGUCUCUUUUUUAGCUGACUACGGCUGCCGUGUGGUUCUGUGUUACAUGCCCUUCUCGCUUGGUUUUGCUACCGCUAAUAUAGACCGAUACACUAUAUGUCUUGAUCGAGUUGUGCACCACGCCGAAGCUUGAGCUACCAUGUUUAUUUUUUUGUGAAGGGAUUUGUUGCAGCUGCUCAUGCCUCUUUCCGUUGAUGUUCUGGCUAUGUUACGCUGGUUUGAUGAGAGAUAGAAAAUGGGCAGAAGAGAGACAAAUCUCGACCUGAAACUCCAAGUAUUGCUGUGCACAUUUACCUGGUACCAUGUUUUUAAGUGCUCACUAUACAGGUAGUCACGGUUCAAUUAAUGUUUGUCUUUGUCUUGUCGAUCUGUGGGUUGCGUUGUGCGUCUGCGCGAAGGGGGAACACGUGUAGACUACUGUACGUUGGUUUCCUUAGAUUUUGUAUUCUUGACUUGAGUGCUCCCGAUUCCGUCGUCGUUUCACCCUUUGCCGCUGUUACUUGCUUAGUUGCCACGGUAGGUGAAACGAUAAUCUUACCACUUGCGAGACUAAACUGCGCAGUCUUGCAGAAUUUUUGCGCGUUUGUGGUGGUGGAAAUUUGGUGGAAAUUGUUUUUCUGGGCCCUUUUUUUUCUUUACUUUAUGUGAUCGAUGAUCAUGUUGGUGUACAAGUGGCGAGCGAGCCGCUGAAACUCUUGAUACACGUACAUGAGGGCCGAUGAAGAGAAGCCGCUCUCCAGAACGAGCGUCUUCGGCAAGUGUGCCGUGGAAUC